AUGGUCCCACCGUGUCACUUGGAUGGGGACCUCAGGGACGGCGAGCCGGAGAAAGCAAAGCCUUUGCCUGGGGACAGACGUCUGGGCAGCCCGAAUCGCUGCCAGCCCGAGGCCACGGGUGACGGAGAGGGCUGGCGUGUUCGGCAGGACAGAGCAUCUUCUGGGAGCACCUUCCCGGCUGCUGUCCCUGUCGAGGCGAGGUGGCGGCGAGGACACAGCCCGUGCCUGGGAGCUCAGGGCUGGGGGAGCACCCUGGGACGAGUCCCCUGUCCCGGAGGACACUGCCCUGGCACUCCUAUAGGGAUCUGCUCGCAGGCUUACCAGGUAGGGGGGUUUCUCCCCCCACCACGCUCGCUCCUAUUCACUCUCUGCAUCUCGCCUGCUUUAAGCAGCUCCUGGAGCGUGUGCAAACAAUUCCCGUUCGGAUGGGGAUGGCAGAGGUUUAUUGGCUUAGCCCUAGGUGCUAAAAUCCUCUUCAUUCAAGGCAGAUUCCUCUUCUCUUUUCAGAAAUUUCUCUCACUGCCUGGUGGCUCAUUUUUCAGCUGUCACAGCGUCCCCCCACUGCCCCCAUGCUGCUCAGUCCCCUCCAGCCCCAGCCUGGUCCCAAGGAACCAAAGGACAGCGGGGAAAAUCCCAACGAUGUGGCUGGAGGUUUGGGCUGUGUUUGGAGGAGAUGUGCUGGGAUCAGUCCCGCUCCCCACUAGGACAAGCACCCCGCUGCCUUUGCGCGUUUGCUUUGCAAAAGGACCUCACUGCACAACUGCAUUUAGCCUUCUGCGAGGGGGGCUGAUGGCUAAAUCAGCACUGCUCCUGCCUGCUCUUGCAGGCAGGAGCAGGCAGGGCAGACGAACAGUCCUGGCAGCCGGGAGUUUCCACGCUGAUGGGUGUCUCACGCAGUCCGGGAAUGAGAUGAACCGAACCAGCAGGGCCGGGAGGUCCUUGGGCAUCAGGUCAGAGUUGGUCCCACUGCAGCUGGCACUGUCCCCAUCAGAGCGGUCCCUUGUCACCUGCAUCCCCUCGGGGAGGCCCCAGGGUUGUCCCCUGCAUUUUGGGAUCAUGCAGAUGCCCGGCUUGCUCCCACCACCCUGCCAGCUCAAACACCUUGUGUCUCCCCAGCAGCCCGAGCGUCCCCCUGGGGAAAGGGGGGCACAAAGCGGGGGCUCCUUGUUCCCCGAGCAGGUCAUCGUUACUGGGGUGAGGCUGAAAUUCAAAAGCCCAGUGCCAAACCCCGGGAACAGCAGGCUCCUAGCCCAGGGCCUCUCCCCUGGCCCAUAUAGUCCAUGGCCGGGCACAGCUAUUGCUGCCUCCGUAAGUGCCAAAAUCCUGCACAGAGCAGAGCCCCCCUCGGGGUUUUCCUGGCUGCUUGGAGGAGGGUCAGACUUUUGCUCGGCUCCUGCAGCGAGGGAAGGCGUAUCAGCCGGCUGA